GCUCCGAGCGGGCGGCGAUUGGCUGACGCGGUGGUGGCGCCGCGGGCCUGCGAAACUCCCGGCGAGCGCGCCUAGAGGCUCCGGGGGCGGAGCCAGGCGCGUCCCAGGUAAACGGGCUCGGGGACUUUGGGCGACCCGCGAAGAGCCGGCUUGGAGCGCCUCGGGGUUUCCGGCCGAACGUCCUCCGAGAAGCUGAAGCGGCCGCGCGGCCCCAGCCCCGGGCAGUGCCGGCCCCGCGUGGGCAGGGCUGACGGACACCCUCGAAGCUAAUCCAAAAGUAAAUGAGGAACUUAGAAAAAGAUUGCUAACUCCAGAUCAACAUAUUUAGAGAAAAUUGGAAAAGGAGAAGCUUACUACAGCUUUAUUUGAGGACUUUUUAAAGAACGCAGGGUUCUAGCUGUGAGCUUUAGUCUUGGAGCAAAAACCAGGGACACUGCCAGAACAAACAAGAACAGAAGUACAAAUGGAAGACUGGUCAAAAGGUACAGCUCACAUUAAUAUUGAACAAGACACUACGGGGAGAAAUAAAAGUACACAGCUAGACGAACAGCUGGCUAUGAAUUCCGAGAGAAGCUUGAUUCAGAAAGCCAGUGACUUAGUUAGUGAAGUCACAAAUGAGAACACUGACCUGCUGGAGCAGAGACCAAGGAGCUUUCAGGUGGUCAUUCCGGAUCCAGAUGCUGAGACUUCUAAGAAGUGCAACAUUGUGGACUAUAGAAAGAAUGAUCUACAUUAUGAAUAUAUGAUUCCUUAUCAAGUUGCUUCAGAUGUAAAUAAAGAGACAGUAGCAUUUCUUCUAAAAGAAUUGGAUAUACUCAAAACAAACAAUAAAGAGCUUCAAGAAAAAUUGAUUAGAGAAAAUAAAGAACAGAGAAAAUUAAAGCUUAAACUGGAACUCCAAGAAAAAUCAGUGGAAGCUAAAAUUGCUGAAAAGGCAGCAGAUCUAGUUGAAGAAGUAUAUUUUGCUCAGAAGGAACGAGAUGAAGCUCUUAUGUGUAGACUGCAGUUAGCCAUCAAGGAGCGAGAUGAAGCAAUCGCACGAGCCAAGCAUAUGGAAAUGUCUCUAAAAAUGCUCGAAAAUAUUAACCCUGAAGAAAAUGACAUGACAUUACAGGAAUUACUGAACAGAAUAAACAAUGCAGACACAGGGAUAGCUAUUCAGAAGAAUGGAGCUAUAAUUGUGGAUAGAAUCUACAAGACCAAGGAGUGUAAAAAGAGAAUAACUGCAGAAGAAAUGAAUGCUGUGAUAGAAGAGCGGGAUGCUGCUUUGUGUCAGUGCAAACGGCUAGAGCAGGAGCUUCAUCAUCUGAAAGAGCAGAACCAGACUUCAGCAAACAACAUGAGACAUCUGACUGCUGAAAACAAUCAAGAACGUGCUCUGAAGGCCAAUUUGUUAUCAAUGCAUCAAGCAAAAGAAACUGCAGUUGAACAAUACAAGAAACUGGAAGAAGAAAUUCAGACUCUACGAGUUUAUUACAGUUUACACAAAUCAUUAUCUCAAGAAGAAAGCCUGAAGGAUCAGUUUAACCAUACUCUUAGUACCUAUGAAGAAGCUUUGAAAAACAGAGAGAACAUCGUUUCCAUCACUCAGCAGCAGAAUGAGGACCUGGCUCGCCAAUUGCAGCAGGCUCUGGCAGAGCGAGCCAACAUGGCCGAGCAGCUCCAGCGGGCCGAGGCGGCCUCCCAGGUGGCCAAGGAAAGGGCUCAGAAGCUGGAAAGGCUGGUGGAUGUCUUGAGGAAAAAGGUUGGAACAGGAACCAUGAGGACAGUGAUCUGACUGCAAAGCAACAAUCUGGGGGAAGAGAUCACAUCUGGUGACCAGGCUGCCUCAUUCAGCACUGUGUAAACACUAAAAGCCUUAACUUAGCAAACAGUUGUUAGAAGUGGGACACUCCAACCACAUUCCAAGCUGAGAUAAAAUCAAAUCACAAAUGUUUAACCACUUUGCUGCUGACUUGAGUUAUUUAUCCAAAUAUAUUAACUUUUACCAAUGGGUAGCUAUAAGGUUGCAAUUUGUUUGUAACUAUUUUGUAUCUCAGUAUGUUUAAUGUAAAUCUUUGUACUGUAAGACCAUUGUAGAUAUAUAGCAAAGUUGGUCAAGAUAGUAUCUUCACAUAUGGUCCUUUCUGAAUCAAAGUGCAGCAAAGUAAAUAUUGUCUAAGUCUUAAUCCACUGUGUUAGGUCAAAACUUCAAAUAAAUGCUAUUUCCAAUAUAGAGUAUAUUUCUUAACCGAUGAGAAAGAUUCAGUCAUGAGAGUGUGCAGUCUUCCUUUAUAUAUAUAUAUAUAUAUAUAUAUAUAUAUAUAUAUAUAUGUCAUCUUUCUUAGCAUUCAAGAUCAUUAAGUAUAGAUGCCACCAAUAAAAUAUAUAAUUUGCUUUCAUAAGAGUUUAGAAUGUUAAAAUUACAUUCAAGUCAUGAUUUUCAUUUCACCUGAAAAUAAUACAGACUUUUCAAUAAAAAGAAAAGAUUGUUAAUGCUCACUUAUAAAUUCAUAUUGUCAGUAUUUUUGUAAUGUUGAGCCUUGGUGAUUAUUUAAGCUCCACUUAAGCUGAAGAAAUUGCCAAGUUUCUGUCAAAUAGUCUGGGACACUUCGGGCUUGAAAGUUAGCAUGUGCCAGUACGUCUGAAUUCUAAAAGGCAAGAAAUCGUCAAAUUUGUUCAUUAUUCUUGUUAUCUUUCUUUUAGAUAUGAAGUUCUGUUGUAGAGGAAGAGAAUGCAAUGUAUAAUAUACCAUUAAACUGUAAUGUACAAUAUGAGGACAUAAGAAAAAGUUAACCUGCAGUUUGGUUCAGGUUACCAAAUUUUUUAAUUUUAUGUAAAAGGCAACAAAAUAGUUAAAGCAUGUAAUGAUAUGAAUAAAUCUGAGAUGUUAGGUAUUUUGCUAUACAAACAUUCCUUCCUUUGUUACGUGGAUCAGGUGAGGGACCAAUAGCAAAUAACUAUGCCUGGAGCAAGUUGAAAUAGACAAGCAAAGAAUGAAUCAGUGAACACACUUAGCCAAAUGAAAUUUUUUACAAAUUCAUGAAUUUUUAAUUCAUCUUUAAGAUUAUACUAAAUUAUCUACUACUGCCUGUUCUCAGGAUAAAUGUAUUAAGGACAAUUGAUUGAGUUAUUCUUUUGUCUACAAUUAGAAAUUAUCUCAUGUAUUUUACUUUGCAGGAAAUUUGGAGGUGCUUUGUCAAAAGUAACAAAAGAUACACCUCAUGCAUGCAUUUUUUUCAUUAUUAAAUCUCUAUCCAUUAAACUGGCUGGCAGUUAGACUCAUCUUUUUGCAUCCAAAUAUGGAAUUUACUCACAUUGCCUGCUUUUAAUGAUUUUUUAAAUGUAAGAAUUAAAAAUAAGGAUGGACAGGGGUUAAAAACUAACUGGAUUCACUUUCUAAUCCUUUCGCCUCUUGUACACCAGUGACAGUGUAAGUAUAGAAAUGCAUUACACCUUGGUCAUACGUAGUCUUGUCUCUGUGCUCUACUUGGAGUCCCUAGUAGCUCCCUGUGUGUAUGCACAGUUCCUUUGUACCCUCCUGAAGAUGGAGGUAAGUAGAGAAAAGCAG